AUGAUGAUCUCAUCCUCCAGUUCUGAUGACUUUUCCAUCUACUCCUUCACUGACUGUGAAUCGGAGUGUGAUGAUGAGGGUCAUGAAAGGAGGACACCACCUCUGAAAGUUGAGAAUGGAAAGGUGACAAAGCUUGACGUGAGGGAUAUGGACGAGGAUGAUGAUCUGUCUCUCCACUCCUUCGAUGAGUCAGACUUCCUGAGCCCAGGGAAGGUCUCAGGUCCUGUAUCUGUCAAGAAUGGCCUCUCUCCUCUUGUGACCUCAGCACACCGGACCCUGGCUGAAGCCCUACGGGCCCUGCCCUCUGCUGUAGGCUCUCCCUACCCAGUAAAUGUCCCAAGGCCUCUGACUCCUCUCAGCCCUGUCAUUAUCGCUCUGCCCCGAACAGAGAACUUCCCAUACCGCCACAGCCCUCGCCUGGCUCCCAUCACCAACCUGAGCGAGACCGGCAGGAAGCUGCUCCAGGAAAUGGCUGGAGUAGCCCCACAGGAAGGGAAGGUCAAUAAGAAAAAGAAGGACAAGGCCAAAAAAGUAGUAAAACAAGAGAAGGCCAGUAAGAUACAACAGAUGGGAAAUGUUGGAGAAAGUAAGGAGGAGGACAAGAAAGAGGAAAAGAAGAGUCUGAGGAAGAGGUGA